AUGAUUUGUAACUUGCUCGCUUAUUUCACCUAUGCUCCAAAACUGAACGGAGUAAAGCAAAAGAUGGGAUGGAAAACAUUCAGAGAGAACAGUAUCUACUUGAUCACAGUACAACUGAUGUGCUGUGAUGUUUGUGCCCUCAUGUUGGAUCUUUACGCAGCGUUCCCGUUGACUCUCACUGGAGUUCAGCUUAUCACUACUCGUAUGGACUUACGUCUUUGCCUUGAUCGUCGGCUCAAAUAUCGCCGGUUGUCGAAAAAGAUUUUCCAAAGAAGUGUUGGAUGUACACCUCAAAUAAUACCGACAGCUAUAAAUCUAGUGAAUGUCGAGAAUCUAUUUGUCGCAGUACAAACAAAUAAGAGGCCUUCUUUAUACGGAACUCUCAAAAAUUCAACGUAUUCACAAACGCGGCAGAGAUUGAAGCUCUGGCUUGUUUAUGCACUAGCCGGAAAUGUGCCGUCC